CCCCGCCCGCCCGGCACAAGUUGGCGGCGCCUAUAAAAGCCGGGGCCGGCGGCCGCGCACACACCGAGCCGCCCAAGCCGCCGCCGCGGGACGCGAGCCAACUCCUGCCCCGCCCGACCCGCUGCCACCAUGUCCCACCACUGGGGGUACGGCCCGAGCAACGGGCCCGAGCACUGGCACAAGGACUUCCCCAUUGCCAAGAGCAACCGCCAGUCCCCUGUGGACAUCGACACCAAAGCGGCAGCUCACGACCCUGCGCUGAAGCCCCUGACAGUGUCCUACGAGCAGGCGGCAUCCAAGCGGAUCCUCAACAACGGCCACGCUUUCAACGUGGAGUUUGACGACUCCCAGGACACGGCAGUGCUGAAGGGAGGACCCCUCGCCGACACCUACCGACUGGUCCAGUUCCACUUCCACUGGGGCUCAUCCGACGGGCAGGGCUCGGAGCACAGAGUGGACCAGCAAAAAUACGCUGCAGAGCUGCACCUGGUCCACUGGAACACCAAGUACAAGGACUUCGGGUCGGCCGUCAAACAGCCGGACGGGCUGGCCGUGCUGGGCGUGUUUCUGAAGAUCGGCGAUGCGAAGCCGGGCCUCCAGAAGGUCAUCGACGCGCUGGCCUCCAUUACAAUGAAGGGCCAGAGCGCCGCCUUCACCGGCUUCGACCCGCGCGGGCUGCUGCCCGGGAGCCUGGACUACUGGACCUACCCCGGCUCGCUGACCACGCCACCGCUGCUGGAGUGCGUGACCUGGAUCGUGCUGCGCGAGCCCAUCAGCGUGAGCAGCGAGCAGAUCACGGCGUUCCGCAGGCUUCGCUUCAACAAGGAGGGGGAGGCGGAGGAGCCCAUGGUGGACAACUGGCGCCCGCCGCAGCCCCUGCAGGGCCGCCGGGUCCGGGCGUCCUUCCAGUGAGCCGGUCCCCGGUCCGAGGCCCCGCGGCGAAGAGGAGCUGGUCCCCGGUCCGAGAUCCCCGACUGCUGGGCUCCCCACUGCCUCCUUCCCCCAAACCCCUGCGCUUGCUAUUCCCCUGGGAGGACACUGGGCAGUGCUCUGCUGGGCGGUGCCUUCCUGUAAGAAGCCAUUAAAGGGACCGGAGAGGACCUGCCUGUCACAGCGCGUGGCCGCGGCCAUGGCCUCACAUGGGGGGGAGGUGGGGAACAGACAGGAAGGAGGGCUCUGACCUGCAUGGGUGCGCUGAGCCGUGAUGGGAAUCAGGUAAAAAGCUCAGGGUUCUGUAUGAGUGACCCGGGCGGGACCAAUGUUCUGACUCCAAGAUGUUAUACAAAAGAGAUUUAAAGUCCGUAUAUAUUUAUAGCAAAGUCAGCAUGCCUGUGACUGCUGAGCACGGUGUCCAGGAGGCAGAAUCUGUAACCACUGGUCUCACUGCGGCCGUGACAGUACAUUCCCCCCAGAAGCAUGUCCUCUGUCCACAAUGCUGUAUUUUGGGUACAUCCUCUAUUAAACCCGGUGUCUCUUUG